AUGACCAUUCCUAUGGAAUCUUCUAUUUGCUCCGAUCUAUUAUCGCUUAGUGGCAACAUGCCCCUCUCGAGAUCAGAAUACCUUGAAAGGAGUGAUGUAUUUCCCGGGUCUUCAGAGGUACCGGUAUUCCGAUCCGUCUUCGUCUAUAACGAGACGUCUACCGCGAGUUCCGAAGGUGAUGCAUCCGACGAUACAACAAUCAAACAACCUCCUUCUAUUCUAUCAGAUACGGUGAAGAGGUUUUGGGCUAGGAUAAGAUCUAUGACGCUCGAUAAUGUUGAGAAAGCUGCAUCCGAUAUUUCCAAGCGUAGAGCUGCGUUGCGGUUCAAAGACGGUCUUCAGGCAAUCGACGACGCGCACGGCCUGCACAGAAUUAGUUUUGGCGUUCAAAUCCCUCGAGCCGAAUUUCCUAUUGAGCAUCUGAGUAUCCUAGAUGACGUGCUCCGAGACCCAAUGACCACUAGUCUUGUGGUGGAGGGAGGAGACGAGGAUAGAGGUCUUCAAGAAGACUACAUCAACGUAUCAAUAGAUAUCCGCAAAAAUUCUGAUGGAGUCGAAGUCAGCUGCAUUAUCCUUGAUGACCUCGAUCAGAAUUAA